AUGUGGGCGAGGGUUAGGAACCCAAGGGAGUACUUGAACCCAAUCCGGCGGUACUUUCGCCAAAUUUGGCCAGGUUGGAAGCCCCCACAAGCCUCAUAGUGGAAUUCGGGGCUUUCCAAGGUCCCCAUCAAGUCCCUCAAGACGUGGCCUUUGAAAAACCAGAAAAUCACCUUAACAGCCCCCAUGAAAUGUGUCAAAAAAAAGUUGACGUUCUUGAUGAAGUUGUACAAGUUUUUAUGGGUGUAAAAGAGGCUCAGGAACUCCGUCGAGGUGAAAUACACGUUGACGAAGAGAAAAACAACAAUUGCGUAAAUUUUGUAAGGGAUUUGUACUAAUUUUGCAUCAGUGCUUGGUUUCCAAAGACCAGCACAACGCAAAAUCCACCGAUUGACCACAAACACGUCUUUGACGUACUCGUCGGACAUUUUGACUGGUUUUUGGCCCCCUUUUCCGGCUUUUAUACCAACACGGGUGUGAAUAAUUGAGGUGUCGAGGCUUGUAAUUUCACGUUUUAAUAUUUGAACCGAAAUUAUUGCUUCUGGACGAGGAGUUUUUCAAGGACGAAGCUAGUCUGGGUCUGGAGAUCCUGUUUCUGGAUUUGUUCGGGAUUUUUCGGUUUUAGAACAAGGAUUGGGUCUUCCAGGAUUUUGAAAUUUUGCCCAACGUUGCUUUUCUCGAUACUGUCGGCGUUUACAAGCUUUGUGACGUUUGGGGACUCGUCGAUGGCGUUUUUGAUUGAUUCAAGAGUCGAUCGACGCAUUUGCUUUUGCUGGAAUACCAAAAUUGUGAAAAUUGGGGGAUUUGGGGGCACGUACAGGGAUUGACAAGUCUAAAUCCUUGAUAGUUGAGGAUCUGCGACGCUCUUUAUUUACAACAGGGGGCUCCUGUAAUAGUUUUUGGAAAGAGUUGACACAAUUGUGAGAUAAUUACUGGGACGUUUUGGGCAUAAUUGCGGAUUUUUUGCCUCAUUCGUUCCAUUCCUCUAUCUGCAUUUUGAUUUUGGUUUGAUUCCGUCUCGGGUGUUUUAUCCGUUUUAUCCGAAGUGACAGAAGAGUUUGACGAUGAUGGGAUUUUUUUGGCGGGUAAUUCAAUCUUGUCGGGGUUUUCCAAACUGGACCGUAUAGUGGAAUUGGGGAUUGACACACCGGACAAAAAUCGCGAGUUUCGGCGCUCGUUGAUUGACCCGCGGGGCGACUUUUGAUUCUCACUCUAAAAUUCUCAAUUUUUAACAAUCUUGUGGUUCAUGGCCAAAAUUACGUUUUUUUGUUUCCUGGCCAUGACUCUAGUCGUAAUGCCUUUAUUGUACAGUUGCUCAUUUUGUAAUGUGGGACUUGGGAUAUUAUUGAUGGGAUGAAAAUGUGACAUUGUGAAUUUUGACGUGACCCCUAACCCGGCCCAGUGAUACGCCACUGGUGCACACACCGUGAAAUGAACUCAUGUUUACCGCAUUGUAAUUUGUUCUAUUAUCAUAAAAGGAGCAUAAAUUACAGACUUGUACCGGUUUAUUAUUCAUUUUCAAAGAGAAUAAUUUAUUAAAAAAUUUAAUAACUGUUUAUUGUCGGUAAUUUUGACUUUUUAUGGUUGGUAUGAGUGACAAAAAAAUGAGGUUGGGUUAAAUAAAUAGACGUAAUUAAAAAAAAAUUAAAACAGCGUUGUAAUGUAACACAUUGACAAAUAUUUCCUGUUUCGAUUUAAAGUUACUUAAAAAGAACAUAAAAUGUUUAGUGCGCUUCGACGGUCGGUGAAAUUAGUGAGGUUAGGUGCUUUUGUGCGUGUCUCAUGCCCGCCCCCACGCUCAUUUUUUUGUACCGAAUCGGCCGCUCAAGGCCCGAGUAUUGAAGCACUCACAAACGGUGAUAAGGAAUUGGAACACAAAUUAAAAGUUUUAAUUUUGGAAGUUGAUGUCAUGAGACAGGAAGGUAAAUUAGUCCCUGAUGAUGAUUUCCUUAAAGACAAACAUUGGAAGGAACUUCUCGAAUUGCCCACUUAUUCGGCGAGGAAGCGGUUUUUGGAAUAUCUAUUCAAAAUAUCAAAGAAGAAGGAAAACAGACUGAUCAAAAAAGAAGAAAAAAAGCAGUUCCGUGGGUCUAAACCAGAAAAGAACGAAAAUGAAACAUUGGAAGAAUUCGUUUCUACUUAUGAUUUGAGCCACAAUAAUAUUUUUUUGCGAGUCUAUGAAACCACAAUUAACCAAUUAUACAAUAAUAGGUUGGUUCAAGCGAUGCAAUUUGGGCAAAAACUGGUCGUGGAUUGUGGCUACGAUCAGGAUAUGACAGUCAGAGAGAACAAAAAUUGUGCCAAACAACUGACUUUGUUGUUUGCUGAAAACAGGGCUCAUGAUGAUCCUUUUGAUUUACACUACUGCAAUCUGAACACUGAUAGCGUCCUUCACAAAACCCUGGAAAACAACAUAGCCACACUCCACGAACCUUGGUUCCCACUCAACGUCCACGAAACUAGUUACUUGGAAAAAUUCCCCAAGGAACAACUAGUCUACUUAACCCCCCAUUGCCGUGAAGAACUCGUGGAAUACGACCACGAUGCGAUCUACAUUAUCGGCGCAAUUGUCGAUAAGGUCAAUACACAGCCCUUAUCCUUGGCUAAAGCCAAGCGUGAAGGGUUAAAAAUGGCAAAAUUCCCCCUAGACCGGUACCUCCAGUGGGGCGGCGGCUCUGGCAAAAGCCUCACUUUGAACCAAUGCGUCUCAAUCCUCCUAGACGUCAAACUGACCGGCGAUUGGAAAUACGCCCUGAGACACGUCCCCAAACGCAAAAUUAUGCAAAUUGCAGAACAAAAAACCCUCAAGAGCAAAUUCUGGAAGCCGGGAAAGAAGGUCGACUUGAGUAAUCUUAGUCACAAAAAUAAGGAUAGGAGAAUAGAAAUAAGGAGUAUCAUGUACGAUGAAAAUUAAUUAGAAAAAAGUAAAUUAUUAUUUUUUAUUUACACUUAA